AUGUCGUCGCCGAAGUCUUUCCCCGCGACUGUUGUCAUCAUUGGGGCGGGUGUGUUUGGGCUGUCGACAGCGCUGGCCAUUGCAAAGAGGCAUCCUUCGACGGACGUCACCGUUGUUGACCGUCUAACUCCUCCUGCUCCAGACGGGACCAGUGUGGAUACGACACGAUGCAUCCGUUCGGAUUACGGCGAUCCGAUUUAUACACGACUGGCAAAGAAAUCUCAGAAGACGAUUCAGCAGGACCCAGAUCUGAGACGAUAUCUCUUUCCACAAGGCAUGACAUUCAUGUGUGGUGGGCAGCUAAGCCGCUUCACGGAUAUUUGGGGAGUGAUGCUGGAGCGUGCAAAGUUCCUGUCUGAUCCGGAAGAUAUCGUGGAGUUAUUGACUCGAGAUGAAGUGUAUCGGCGAAUCCAUGGCGAAAACUCUCAACCGCCUUCAAUGGCGGACCUCGGAGGGAGAUCGCAAUGGAACAAGGCUUCCUGCAAUCUUGAGGAUGCUUUCAUUGAUGCGAAAGAGUGCAUUCAAGUGUACUAUGACCGUUGCCUAAAGCAUCCGUCAAUUGUCUUCAGGUGUGGCUCUGCUGUUGACCAUAUCGAUAUUAUCGACAAUCAGUCCAAGGGAGUUACGCUAGAAGAUGGAAGCACAAUUACAGCCGACCUAGUCCUCGUGGCGGCUGGUGCGUGGUCCAAUCGGCUGGUUUAUUUGGGAAACCGCGUCGUACCAAUUGGCCAUGAAGUCGCCUGGAUUAAAGUCACACCGGAAGAGGAGGCGCGCUGGAAGAAUAUGUCUAUUACGACGAAUCUGAGCACGGGCUUGAACAUGUUUCCCCCCUAUCGUGGAGAGAUCAAGAUACUCCGCAGAUCGCCGGGCCGCAAGAACACCAUCAUGGUGCGAUAUCCCGAAGAUGGUUCAAUGAAAAUUCAGAUCUCUUAUCCACGAACCAUCGUGAGCAAUCCGACAGACGUGAUUCCCGCUGAUGCUGAGGCUGCGAUGCGGAAUAAUCUGCGUGAGAUUAUGCCCACUCUAGCUCACAGACCAUUCGAUAGAACAAAGAUAUGUUGGAUCAGCACAACCCCCACGGCCGACUUCCUGGUCGCUCCUCAUCCUUCUGUUGAUGGCAUCCAUCUUGCCACUGGUGGUUCGGCGCACGCAUGGAAGUUUCUACCCAUCAUUGGCGACCUAGUCGUCGAUUCGAUGGAAGGAAGUCUACCGCAAGGGUUGGUGGAAAAGUGGGCUUUUCAUAAGUACUCAGAGUGCAAGGAUGAGAACAGUCCUCGAAUGGAUGGCGAACCACAAGAAUUGCAGGACUCGGUACGCCAUCGCCUGUGA